GUAAAUCAUUGCUGACAGUGAGGCAGCAGCAUCAGUGAUGGCUCACAGCUUCACUCAGGAGUAUUUUCAGAUCCCCGUGGUGACCCGAGCCUACACGACCGCCUGCGUGCUCACCACCGCUGCUGUGCAACUUGAGGUCAUCACCCCCUUCCAGCUCUACUUUAACCCAGACCUCAUCAUCAGAAGAUACCAGAUAUGGCGCCUGAUAACCAGCUUCCUCUUCUUUGGUUCUCUUGGAUUCAGUUUCGUGUUCAACAUCAUCUUUCUUUAUCGAUACUGUCGGAUGCUGGAGGAAGGCUGUUUCCGGGGAAGGACGGCGGAUUUUGUUUUCAUGUUCUUGUUUGGAGGAAUCGCGAUGACUCUGUUUGGUCUGUUCGCCAACGUCUUCUUCCUGGGCCAGGCCUUCAUCAUCAUGCUGGUGUACGUGUGGAGUAGAAGACAUCCGCUCGUACGCAUGAACUUCUUCGGCCUCCUGAACUUCCAGGCCCCGUUCCUCCCCUGGGUGCUCAUGGGCUUCUCACUGCUGCUCGGAAACUCCAUCGUGGUCGACCUUUUAGGUAUCAGUGUCGGCCACAUGUACUACUUCCUAGAAGACGUGUUUCCAAACCAGCCGGGAGGAAGGAAGCUGCUGAUGACACCAGAUCUUCUGCGGGCCAUGUUUGACCGGCCGCAGGAUCCAGACUACCGCCCCCUCCAAGAAGAGCAGCAGGGUGGAGAUCUGCAGCAGGACGACGAGCCAAACAACUAACACAACCCCAAUCCCCAAAAUUUGGAUAAAUCAGAUGACACAGAAAGACAAGUCAGAAGAUGUGGAUCCCCAAGAGACAGUUCAGGACUGAACUACAAGCUAACCUAAAUUUGUGUUUAUGCCCCAAUGUUGUUGACAAAAUCCCAAACCUGGCGAUAAGCCAGAGACUCUGAUUCGUCUGGCUACUUUUUACAAAGCUAUUUACUUUUUGUAAGCAUAAAGAAAUACAAACAUCCUAAGAGAGCUCCAACUGUGUAAAAGAAG